CCCUUCCUCUUACGUCUGCCUUACCUUGGUCAGCCUGAUGAUCAGCUGGGGCCUUUCUGCAGCAGCUCCACAGCGUGCAGCAGGAGCAGGACGGACACUGUGUUCCUAUACCAGUGUGUAGUGUUUGUAUACUUUGUAUGUAAGGAGGAGGCAGCAGGGUUAAAGUGUUUCGGCUCGGAUGUGUCAGAGCUGAAACACUUCCUCAUCCUGCUUCACUCUCAUUACUGUCAACAUCACCGACACACGGCCAGGCUCAGAACAGACUGGCUUCAUACUGAAUGUGACCCACUGGUUCCAUAUCGUCUUACUUAAGUUGAAAAAGUCUCGUACCUUUGUCAAACUACCAGCGUGAAGGUUGUGUGUGACUUUAGGAAGCACCGGAGGAAUGUGAGAACUGAGCAAGUCCUGCUUCCCUCUGAACGAUGCCUCGUUCCUUCUUGGUGAAGCGCGGAGGGCUGCUCCACUCUCGGCCCGCAGCAGGAAGACCCAGCCCCAGAUCGACCCCAGUGACGUUCAACCAGUUAGAAAAGAAGUUGGCGUCCUCCUGGGAGACGAGACUGAAGGACUCCACAACAGAGACCCCUAAUGAUAACAUAGAGUCCAUCACGUUACUGCAGCCAGACCUUCCUACUGCCACUCACUCACAUGAGAGAGGACACCUUCAGUUACUGAGUCCCAAAUCUUAUGACUGUGGACCUGCUGAGCCUUUGAGCCCGGAUACUUGUAUCCCCGUGGAGAGAGCGGACUCGCACACUCUGACACCCGCCUCUUGGUCCAAACCUCAUGUGAGCUCAGGAUAUCCUGACAAAUCUUCAGCAGUUCUAGGCAACCUAACUCAGCCUCUGAUCCUGAGGGAGACCAGGAGCAGAGGCUGCUCCAAGACCAGUGCUCUGAGGCAAGAGUGUCCACUCUGUAGCAAGAAAUUUUCCUGUGUGUCUAGUCUGAAGACUCACGAAUGCAGGAGUCAUGGAAGCAGAGCACAUCUGUCCCCGGCACACAUCACGUCCAGCAGGACAAAUACUCUGCGUUCACCAUGCAGGGGCAAGGAGCGGACGUUUGGCUGUGCCGUGUGCGGGAAAGUGUUCAAGCGCUCCUCCACCCUCUCCACUCAUCUGCUCAUACACUCAGACACACGGCCGUAUCCCUGCCAGUACUGUGGCAAGAGGUUCCACCAGAAGUCUGACUUGAAGAAACACACCUUCAUUCACACCGGAGAGAAGCCCCACGUGUGUGAUAUAUGUGGGAAGGGGUUCAGCCAGAGCUCCAACCUCAUCACCCACAGCCGCAAGCACAGGGACGACCGUCCCUACCGCUGCCCCAGCUGCCCCUACAGCUUCCAGCUCAGAGUGGAACUGCGGCAGCACCAGGAGCUCCACUGCACCUACCACUGAAUCGGUCUCCAGCCUCCUCUACAAGCAGUGGGAGUGACUUCGGGACAGGACGCCACUGACUGUGUUGUAUUUGUGAAGUCAAAUCUUUCAUCCAAAAGCGAUAGUUGUUUAUAUUUUAGAUUUCUUUUAGGUCACUGAGCAAAGAACAAUGCUGUUCUUGCCCUUCUCACAUUAUCCAGCACAGUGGUGGGAGAUUAUUUCGAACAAAGCUUGGUUAAUUUACUCGUUCACUUGUAAAAAAUGUAGCUGUGCUACUGUUCUCUGUUUCUGUUUUAUAUUUAUAUACAAGGAUGUUGGGUAUUUUUUUAUUUAGCAGUACGUCAAGAGCUGAGAAAAUGGAGAAUCUGAAUCUGAAUCUGAAGGCUCGAAGAUUGGAAGUGAAAAGUAUCACAUUCAUUAUUACAGGAAUUUCACAGUUUUUUAUGAGUCAGACAUUAAUAAAUGCCUUAGGACACA